UGCAACGUUCGAUAAUGCUUUAAUAAAUUACUCCUCACUUUUUAUAUGGUACUACUAUUCCUAGUUGAUGCUGCCACAUGUAAACAACCUCACAAGAGGCGCAACAAGUCAUCGUUGUCGUGGCCUCUGUCGGACAAGUCGAGCAUUGGUAUCAUCAUCGCAUUCAGCAUAUCGUCGCCGAUCAUGGGCAAAUCUUCGAGCGAAUACAGUGUCGCAACGUCGAGAUCCAACGAAGGGGAUCGUGCAGUUGAGGCUGUGUGAAGGUAUGGAUGCUUGCCCCGCGGACUCCUCGCGGACGUCCAUGCUUCGACGUCGGCCAAGAACAAUUGCACUUCAUCUUCCCCACCAAACGCGUGGCCCAUCUUGAGGUGGCCUUCGAACCCGAACCGACCGCCUUGUCCUACCACCAAUCUCGUGGUUCCCAUCGAGUGAAAGUCGUAGUGGACGUCUGUAAAGUGCAUGAGCCCGGCGAGGCCACUCUCAUAGCGCCAUGAAUGGCCUGUGAUCUCAUAUCGCUCGACCCCUCGGAGCUGCCACAGGGCCCAGCCCAGGUACACCCACAACGCAAACGCGAUGGGAACCGCGCACAAUGCAAUGACAUGGACAGGAAUCUCAUGCACGAACAUGACAGGCACGGCGGCGGCAAACGGAACAUGCACCGUUGUCCACAGGCACAAGCGUCCGAUGUGAGGACACACGGGUACAACCACUUGAAUGCCGCCUCCAGCGGGCAAUGGAUGGACUGUGUACCUUGUCUUGGGCUGAUGCUGCUCCUGCUGGGCCAUAGUAUUGUUGUGGCGACGUAGAAGGAGCUCUUCCCGACUACUGACCACUUCCGUGGUGAA